AUGGCACCAAAAACUGCUCUCGUGGCCGCCCUGGCAAUGACCACAGUCCCAACGGCUGUCGCCCUUCCAACCAAAGACAGCAACGACCUUUGGAUCGUAGGCGGAGAAGCCGCAAGGGCUGGCGAGUUUCCCUACAUCGUUUCCAUAUUACGAAACGGUCGCCAGAACUGUGGCGGCACCUUGUUGAACGCCAACACUGUCCUCACGGCAGCCCAUUGCACUAGCGAUCCCACUGAUCAAGUCCGGGCCGGGACGCUGACCUGGGGCUCUGGCGGUACUUUAGUCAACGUUGCCUCUAUGAUAGUCCACCCUGCCUAUAACCCAAGCAAUGCUGACAAUGAUAUUGCCAUUUGGAAGCUGCAAACUCCAAUUCCGGAAAGCUCGGCGAUCAAAUAUGCCACACUUUCGCAGCAAGGUUCUGAUCCGCAAGCGGGCUCUACAGCAACCGUUGCUGGGUGGGGAAGUAUGCGGGAAUUCGGGCCCGCUUCCGCGACGCUGCAGAAGGUGUCGGUUCCUAUCGUGGACCGUCCGACCUGCCGGACUUCAUACCCUGGGUUGACUGACAAUAUGGUCUGCGCCGGUCUUCCACAGGGCGGCAAAGACUCUUGCCAGGGAGACAGUGGUGGCCCGUUGAUUGACGCGGCUACUGGGGCUUUGACUGGUGUUGUCUCGUGGGGACAUGGAUGUGCUCGACCCGGCUUCCCUGGUGUCUACGCUCGAGUGGGCAACUACAUUGAUUUCAUCAAGCAGAAUAUGUAG